GUCCCUUUGUGUUGCUAGCGACUCAUCGCACCUGUUUUGACAAGUAAUUUUUCAAAAUAAAGAUUUCAACAAUGGGUCGAUAAUUGGGCGCGCAUCCGAAACAUUCGGGUCGGAUGGGAUCCAGCUUACUGAAAGUAACCAGGACUGAUUUAGAGACCUCAAAUUCAAAAUGGCUUUGCAUCUGUCAGAUUUGUAUCGCCCAUCCAGCACUGAAAAGGUUCUUGAUUUGGAACAAGAUCUGAAAAAAGAGCUUGAGGAGUUGCGACAAGAAAUUGACGAGAGUGAUAUUGUUACAGACACGCCAUCCAAGGCUUUGAGUUCUGUACCUCUUCCCAGAGAUGCUUUAUUUUAUCGUGAAGGAAGGAAAAAUGUUGUGGAAAGAGCCAUGGAGGUGAGUCAGGCUCAGCCACUUGUUAUUCAAUCUGAGGUGAUGAGAGAGGAAAUGUUGAAUGCUGAGUGCCUCGAAUACAAGCCUGACAGUCUUCCACUACUUUUACACCAGUACUUUGUGGACCGUAUACAUCACAUUGUCCACUGCAAGUACCUUCACUUACUUAGAUGGAAGAGAUUCUGUAAUAACACAGCCUCCAUGGAAGCUCUUCAUCCAAUCUACCAGCAGAGACUUGCUGACAUCUUGCUGGAGUACAACGACUGUGUGCGGCGCGCAAACCGCCUGUCAGUGGCCCAGGAAGCCCACAUGUGCAAGAAAGACUACAGCCUGAGCGCCAUCGAAAUGGAAGACCUGCUCAUUUACCUGCGAUGGCUUAUCACUCAAUUGAAGUCCACAAAGCGAUUCCACCAGUACCUCAGGGUUUUGCAAUGGAUGCACAUCCUGCACAAGAACGACGUUGCGCCCCCGCCAAAGGAAGACCCAGACGUGGAAGAAAGCUCCUCCGUGGCCAAAAUGGCUUCCCGUUACCAGGAUGACAUGACAGGGACCCUCCAGCGCCCUAGGUCUGGAAUAUCGAGACCCAGUUCGGGCGUGUCACCCCGCUCACAGACUCCGCUGCCUCAACCACCGGCUAUCAACCCCACCCUACUCUCAACCAACCCACUGCCAUCUGCUGCACUGGUUUAUGCUGCUGCAGCUUCAGGAGGAGGCAUUGCCACAGAUGAGGACAGUCUUGGACUUCCAUUGAACAUUGUGGACUUCAAAUCUCUAAAGCCUCACAUUGCCUUCCUCCUGAACAUCUAUGGCAUAACUUUCAACCUGGAGGGAAUACGUGAGGGAAACAGUGCAGAUGAGAUGGAAAUGUUUGCGGCCAUAAACAGGAAGUUCAAAGGCAUCUUUCAGCGCCAGGAGAGCAUGAAAACAUUCAAAACUUACGACAGGAUGGAGCUUGGCCAGGAGAACUGGGGCGUAGACUCGCCAACGCACGCUCUCAAACAGGAGUCCAACUGGCUGCCAUAUGUGAAGCUGCGCCCGGAGCUGAACGUGGGUCAGGAGAAAAUGUGGACCCAGCUACGGCAGGUCAACAAUGUGGAUGAGAUACUUAGGAUGCAGGCCAAGUUCCUGCAUGUGUCUGAUGCUGAGCACGUUCAAGAGAUUCUACAGGAGCAUGCAAUGGCAGUUCGCAAUCCCAUCUCGGUGAAAGCAGUGAGGGUUACAACCAACCAUGAUCCCAGCAAUAUGAACACUCUUCAAGUGUGGAGGAACAUUUACUGCAAACCGGAAAUCUCCAAUGAGGAAGAGGAGGAGGAAGACAAGAAUGAUAGAGGAGAUUUCGACGAGCGUGACCUUGAAACUGUGAACCUGGGCACCAAUAGGCUCUCAGGCAGUGCCCGCAAACGCAGGGAAAGCUAUGACUAUGUAAACACUGUACAGAUGUUAGGUCUGGAUGAGGGUGAGUCGAGCACCAGUGACCAGACGACAAUGCAGGGAGCCUACCUGUCUUUCCUGUACCUGCGCCACCUCAGACUCAGAGAUCUCCAGAGAUCUUGCCUGAGCAUGUUCAACUACUUCCGGUCUCUAGAGCGAACUCUCACAAUCAACGAUGCAGGUCUCACUCAGGAUGAUUCGGAAUUCAAACAAGUCUGUCCCCAGGAUCACAGAAAGGGGACAGAGACGGAGGGGACAGUGGGUGGGGGAGGGGGUCUGGCCUCCCACGCUUACCUGCACAACACACCUGCAGACUUCAAAGUAAAUGAGUCCGAGUUUAUUGAGUUUGCCGAUGAGGAGAACCACGAUGAUUUCUACACAAUAGAGGAUGGUAGAAUCCACGUUCAGGACCAGAGGGGCUACUACAUCAUGUAUGAAGCUGCCCUUAAGGACCUUGAAGAGCUUGAGAGCAAUGUUAUGUUGCUGUCCACCCACUACAUAGAAAAGGACAGGAACCUGAGAGGCAUCUCCAAGGUUAGGAGCAUGAGUGAGUCGGCCAGGACCAGACAGGCCACGAGCGCCGGCCCGGGUGAUUUCAACAUCCCGAACUAUGCGCACACGGAGGUAGACAGGUACGGAGUGAUGAUGGACCUGUGGAGUAACGAGACGGCCUUCAUGGAGAGCAAGAGAGAGUUGAUUGACUGCUACAUGGAGGCUUACCAUCAUGUGUUUGACAGAGAUGAGAAGAGAGCUCUGGCACAGGUGAUCAUCAACCUGAUGUACCAGCGACCUCGGUUUGACCUCACAGCGGACUACUUUGUGAAAAUCUACAGAGCAGAAUGUGUCAUCCUUCGACAACAUACUAACCUAGUCAAAGGAAUUCUUGAUAAACAGAUAGAGGAUAUGCGAGAGUACAACCAGAAGGUGUGUCGGGAGGGGGACAAGUAUGGCCUACCACACAGGAUCAUACCCAAGCAGCCCAUAGCUGUCAAUCAUAGCAAGUCUGCAUUGAAGCAUGUGUUUGUCCUCGAGUUUCAUCCAAGCCUUGCAAUAGCCAGCAGGAUUCCACAGGCUAUCAAGUUUGCACUCAAUGAGUUGGUUCACAUGCACAAGCCUGACACCAUGCUGGACUCUCUCAUGAUGGAGAAAAAGCUGUAUGAGAUAGCGCUCAUAGAGUGGAACAACAUGGAGCCUAUAGGCUUCUCAUUCUCACCACAGAUGCAGAAAGAUUUGUUUUCCGGUGUGUUUGUGGAAGACCCCCUGUUCGUGUGUGAGAUAGCGGAGAGGUUUGCCACAGAGGACACCGGUGAAGACCAGCAAGCCGCCCGGGGGCAGGUGAAAACCAAGAACAAGCUCAUCAUGACCAAGAUUGGCAGAGUCAUGGAGGCUAUCCAUUUACGGAACAGAUUGAUUGAUGCAGCCUGGGAGACAGAGAUCUUGGCAAAGAUUUACCGCCAGCAGGCCCAGGACAUGGGUUUUGAUGAGUUUCACAUGUACAUGAGGUUUGUGCAGAUGGAGUUUGCAGGCUUCAAGGAGGACGCGGGUAAACCCCCUCCCACCUUCAUCACUACAGUGCUCGAGGACGAGUCUCUUGUGGAUAGGUACACACCUGGUUUCCUCUACCUGGCCAUACACGAGCUUGAUGAGGCCCACCUGGGCAGAUUCAGCUUUCGAAGCAGAGACGGAAUCAUGGAGAUCCUGAAGCCAGGUGGUCUGGAGACCCUACAGGUGGUUCUGAAGACGCAGGUGGUGCACAAGAACGCGGUCACGUGCGCAGUACAGCAGGCACACGCCUGUCAGCCUGUGAAGGAGGUUGAGUUCAACAAGGGGGGCAGACUGAGUCCUACUGAGACAAAGUCCGAGAAGUCCUCCCUGACCCAGCUGACCGGAAUGUCCAGCAGUACAGCCGGUACCGCCCUCACAGCCAAGAUGGCCGAGGCCGGAGGGAACCGGAAACGGUCACCCGAGGCAUUCAUGUCCAUACAACUAGAGAAGACCCCUAGUCGAGACGUGAUGCUGAAUGAGUUCAUCAACAGGAAGAAUCAGAUGGGGACUAUUCUGCGUAAUGCGGACGAGAUGACCAAGCUAAAGAGGUCGUUGGUGUCAAAGUUCUGUAAUGACUUCAACAAUCGCCUGGCCCAGUUCUCAUUGAGAGGCCAGCUGCUCUCCUACUACAACAGCAUCCUCAACCUCCUCGAUGACUUCCCACAAGUCAGAGAGGCGUACUUCAUGCUGGGCCUUCCAAAUGAGAAGAAAUCCAACCUGGACGAUGUUGCUGGACUUACUCCUGACCCCAGACAAAUGCGCAAGAGACCGCGGCGCGUACUGUCGCCAGACGGGAAGCACGUCCUCAACAUCUGGUUUAUACCCCACCACACUGAGACCCUGAUCAUGUUCAAGACCCUCGACGAUGAGCACUGCGUGAGGGCGCUGACCUACUGCCUGCUGAUAGUCUCCGCCCUGCAUGACAUGCUCCAGUACCUGUGCGCCCACUCGAGACUCGGCAGCUCCCAUGCUCGACUUGGCUCUAGAAAGAUGGAGUUCGUGUCCGCCGACUGGGGAGGCACGGAAGGAGUCGGCGCGGAGUUGCGUGAGAUUCAGAAGCAGAUCGACAAUCUGCCGCACUCCACAGACCCACAUCAGGUGUCAGAGUUCAUGGCCCUCAGACGGGACGUCAUGUUCCUGGAACUCGACACUGCCGUGAGACACUGCAUGGCCGACACCUUCCUCUCCACGGGCAAUGUACAGGCUUACAAGUCCAUUGUCAACAACAUACAUCAUGCCCUGCCAGCUCUGAGCAAUGUCCAGCGUCCGUCUGUGUUCUCUACGUACUUCCAAGUCCCUGAACCCCUUGAACCCCGGGAUCUUUCAGCUAGGGAGCUCUUUCCUGUCCGAUCCUUCAGUGGAGUUAAUGGCCCCUACCCCACCAUGUUCUGGCAGUGGCAUGCCAUUGAGAACUACAUACAGCUCUGCCUAGCUGGACUGAAGGAUGUUGACAGGCAUGUUGCCAAUGGUGAGAUACUGGGUGUGACUCUCCUCAUGGAGGAUGUCCUACAGACUGGUUUCCAGGAUAUAUCCCUCCUAACUGAGCACUCAGCCACAAGUGGUGAACCAGACAAGCUUAAGGAACGCAAAGUGCGCUCAGCCAGUGUCAGAACCAUUGAUGUGAAAAAAUUGCCCCACAGUGCUUCUAAGCAGGCAACUGCAAGCGUCAGUUUGUCCCGCACCCAGGAGCCAUUGAAGUCGUAUAAGCUGCUGAAGUUCUUCCUGAUGCUGUGGAAGUGCCUGGAACUGCUGAAGGCCGACUGGGGACGCAGGAGGCUGGGAGUCCAGGCCAUUGAGAGCAUGUCCAUGUACAGGAACUUCUGUAAAGUAUACAAGACAGAAGUGCUGUUACCCGUGUUACAAAGCGUUGCUAGGCGAUUGGGUCAAGGUGAAAUGUACGAGGGCAUCGCCUUGGAAACAGACCCCCUUGUCAUGCCCAGAGGAGCAUCAGAGAUUGAAGUGAGGGCUAAACAGCUUGUACGCCUGUUUGAAAACCAUGAGUGCCACAUGAUCAUGGAGCUGCGUAAAAAGAUGUCCAAGGAGUUGACCCUGGUGUUGGCAGAGAGGGGUCGGGUGGAGGAGACUGCGCUGCCCACAGACCUAUGGAAGAGACCGGUGAUGAAAGAAAGUUUCACGAUCUUGAAGCCCCACAUGACCGAGUCCUUCUACGAGAAGCUGAUGAAUAAUUGCGAGGAGAAAGAUGACCAUGUGACUUUCUCACGUAAACACCUGGACACGUGCCUGGCAGAUCUGGCGCGGGAUGUGAUGGCCCGAGAGAAGAAUAACUUUGAGAGCUACACAAUGUUUUAUGAGAACCUGCUUCGGGCCUGCCAUCAGAACCUCUAUCAGAGGGAACAGGAGGUAAAGCAGCUGAGAGACCAGUUGAAGACCACGCAGCAGAACAUACUGGUUGAGGUGCAGUGCCAACUGGCCAAUCAGGGUCAUGAUUUGAUCAUGGAAAUCACUGCUCUGAGGGCCAAAGUUGCUGAAAUGCGGGAGAUGAACCUGAAUCAACAGUCCGAGAUCCGGGAACGUGUGCGACAAGAGUACGAUGAGCUCAUACAGAGCCUGUUCAACUCGACGUUCAUGCUGAAGAACAAAUUUGACGAGUUCCGUAAUGAGCUUCACGACGACGUGUUCGAGAAAGUGAGCGAGACUCGCAGAGAGGCUUUGAAGGCCAUGAGCACGGUGCGCGAGAAGUUUGGAAGCACCAUUGAUGAGGGUCAGGCAGGAGAGAUGAUGUCCAAGUCUGAGAAACUGCGGGAGUUACAACAUGAGAACCAUGUCCUCAGUACGCUCAUACUGAAGAUGAAGGCCAUGAAAACGUGGAGACAGAACCACGACAGCGUCCAGCAUGUCUCCAGGUUACGAGAACUGAAGAAUGAGUCAGAGAACAACAAGAAGGUGUGUGAGACGAUGAAAAUGGAGGCUGAGGAGCAGAUCAUAUUGCUACGGCAACAGAUUGUGGCGCUUAGAAAGGCCCUUGCUGACCAACAGAAAGAGGCGAAUGACGUGAAGAAACAGCUUGAUAAGGAGUUGAAGGAAAAGCUGGAGAAGACCCAUGAGGCGAUGCAAAAGGCCCGCAGUCAGAAGCAGCUAGAACAGGCCAAGCAGGCGAACAUAGAGAAACUGCUGGAGGAGCUCCAGGACAAGGAGUGCCAGCUGGCGACCCUGGCCGAGGAGAAGGACCGCAACCUCAAGCAGAAUAGCGCAUACUUCGAGAAGAUCAAGAGGGACGUUGACGUGGCGCGCAAGAAACUGCAGCAUGAGCGCAACAUGAAGCUUGACGCCUUCCAGAGGGUCGAUGAUCUGCAGGCUGUGGUGUAUGACUAUGAAUCUUGUGUGAGUCGAACGCAGUCAGCCUUCACACCAAUGACACCCUCUACUGGCAAGAGGUCGCGCGUUCAGUCCGCCCACCGUAGCAUCGCGAGCCGAGGUACCCCGUCCUCUGGUCUCUUCCCCCCCGCCAUUAUCUGGCCCAACAACCGCACCAUCACCCCUGACAUGGGCAACCUCAACAAUGAGCCCAGCAAGAAGAUGCAGAGACCAAAGACGGUGGGAGGAAGGUUGAGAAGUCGUAUAGCAGACCAACUUUUAAAUGAACUGGACUUUGACAAGCACCAGACUAUAGUUCAACUGGAGGAACUGGCAAUUGAAGGAGGAAAACCCAUUGCCAACUACUAGAUAGAUUACAUUUUAUCAUAGACACCUACCGAGGUAACAACUUCUAGGUCAUGAUAUCCCUAGCAAUGAAGAUGAAGGUCACAUCAACUUAUUCCUGGUUUAUAUAGCAACCAGGUCAAACUAAUAUGUAAUGGUAUAUGUAGCAUUUGAAUGGAGGUCAAACUUCUAGGUCCUUGUUUCUAUAGCAAACAAAAGGAGGUUACAACUUCUAGGUCAUGUUUUCUAUAGCAAACUAAAGGAGGUCACAACUUCUAGGUCCUGGUUUCUAUAGCAACCAAAAGAAGGACACAACUUCUAGGUCCUGGUUUCUGUAGCAUACAAAAGGAGGUCACAACUGCUAGGCGCUGGUUUUUAUAGCACAAAAAGGAGAUCAUAACUUAUAGCUCCUGGUUUUUAUAGCACAAAAAGGAGGUCACAACUUCUAGGUCAUGGUUUCUAUAGCAACCACAAGCAUAUCAUAACCUUUAGUACUUGAUUUCAUUAGCAAUGAGAUGCAGAUCAUAAAUCCUGGUCUAUGGUUUCUUAAAAAGAUCAGAUUGCAUCUCUGAGUGUGGGGAUGAUUUGAUUAAAAAAUGAAAAGAUAUUUAUAUUUGAAGAAUUUUUUCCCGUCAAGGUCAGAAUAUUUAGGGCAAUAGCCUUUAUGGGUCUUGUGUUUGCAACAUUGAUUUAGAUCUGGUUCUGGAAUACAGAUCUGAUACAAACAUUUUAACAAAAGUGAUGCACAAACUAGAAGUAACAUGUUUUGUAAUUACAUGUAUUGUUCAUGGAGGAUUUAUUUUGUUGUGUUGUGAAUUUUGACUUGAGCCAGUUAUACUUUAGCAAUAUUUAAACAUGCAUUUGUACGCAGAUUAAAGUGUAACCUCCUGUUUAAGAUUUUAGCUGCAUAAAUAUAUUUGUAUGGAAGAAAAAAGUGUAAAUUGUUUGUCAGUUAAUAAAAAAUAGGUUGUAAAAUGUUGUAGUAUUUAAGCUGAAGCUUUAUCACAUAUAUCCUACCCAUCUUUAUUUUGUUGAAUAAACUGCUUGAUUAGCCAUCAUUAUACUUGCUUGUGUUUGAAUAAGAGCACAUUUUGAUAUUAUCACGAAUCAGUAGCCUAUUUGUAUGCAGUUUCUUUUUGUAGAGGUGCCUGAGUUUAAUUUAAACAUAAAAAUAAUAUACAUGUUUAUCAUAAUGUUAAGUAGUGCUUUAAUCUUUUUAUGAAUCUGUGUGCAUUUAAAACAUGUUUUGUGCAUUUAUAAAGUGAUAUUUUAUCGUUGCAAAUUUCGCAGAGGUUUUAAAGAGAUUUUCUGUCUUAGUUAUGUAUAAUCAUGCUUUGUCUUGAAUAUGCAUUUUUUUGGCAAAAUGACAAUACAAUUUAAUAUGAAAGAAUGCAGACCUGCAGUUGAUAUCAUUACAAAAAUAACUCGCAUAUAUUAAUAUUAUGAAGGAGGUGUUACUUAUAUUGCAUGUAAAUUUAUAGUUUGUUUUCCAAAUGCUGCAAUUGGAAACUCAUGUGUUACAAAUGCCUUAUGUUUACAUUUAUAGAUAUUGUUCAGUUGGUACCUUGCUUUGUAAGAGAAUCAAAUAAUAAAUAAAAGUUCUCAAUUUUAAGAUAUGUUGAAGAAUUUUUUCUCCAUUAAAAAAUAAAGCCAUUGUUUUAAUACUAAAUGUUAGCAAUUUGGAAAAAAAACCCAUUUCAUUUAACUUGCUUCACACUGAACGACAGCUUGUCCAACAGUAUUACAUGAUUAUAUGUCUAAAGCUCAGCCUUAAAGCAUUACUUGUAUGAAUGUACUAUCAACAGCAUUAUAAUCUCGUGCUUACAUAUACAUGAAAUAUUUUUAAUAAUAUUUCCUCUUCUGUGAUAGAAAAUGAUGUUUUAUAUUCUUAGAGAUUUACUAUUAUUAUGUCAGCAUUUAUCAAUUGUGAUAAUUCAUCUCUUUGUAUCAUAUAGACUGUUUGCAUGACGUUCACUUGAAUUAUUUGUUGACGUUUUUCUCAUUAUUGUAAAUAAAUGUUGUUUGUUAUUGAAAUGAAAUUGAACUAUUUUCAUAUAUAUUUUUAUUUAUAUUAAUUCUGAGCAAUUUUGUUUACUCAGAUUAUUUUUGGGAAUGAUCAUUAAUAUUUAUUUUGGUAAUCAAGAAUGGGUUCUUUUGUUAGUUUUUGCUUUUUGAAUUAAGCUAAAAAAAUACAGAAUAUCAGACGUCAAACACUUCACUGGUUGCUGUUUUAAGUUGUAUAUUAUGUCAUGGACAGCACUUGAAUUGUAACCAUUGAAACAAAAUGAAGAAAAACAUGAUCUUAAUAACCGCCCAUAAACAAGGUUUAUGCAUAAUUUGGUGUAAAGUUGUUUGAAGCUUUUUAAACAAAAUUAAUUGAGUCGAGCUCUACAAAAACUAGACUUAAUUCAUGUAAGUAAAGUGUUGCCCCAGACUUACCCUUGCAGUCCAAAAAAAUGCCAUAAAAGUGGAAAGUGUCGUCCUUUUGAUCUGCCUGUAAGGAAUGAACAUGCUAACCUGUCAUUAUACUUUACUUACAUUCUUUAAGCCCUGUUUUCACAGAGAGCCGCUAAAAUGUUACUUAAUUAGUUAUCCGCAAUUGGAAGUAUUCUUAAACCAGAACACUCAAUUAUGUGCCAAUAUUUAUGCUAAAUCUAUUCUUAUGUGCCAAUAUUUAUGCUAAAUUUAUUAUGUUGUUCAUCUGCUCAACUGAAGCGGCAUGGCUUUCUGAUCACCAUUAUAAUUGGCACUGUUUAUCUAUACAGUUUUAAAAGAGAAGUACCUACCAUACAUGGUACAGACAUUUCAUUUUUAUUUUUCACAAAUUAGUGUUUUAGUUUUCUUUGGAAUUUUAUCUUUUUUUCUUACCUUCAUUGCUAAAUUAUUAGUUUGCUUAUCACAUUUGAUUUUUUAUCUUCAACAUAAUAAUGUACACAGCAGUAUAUUUGUUUUAUAUUUUAUAUAUUAUUUAGCAUGUUUGAAUUUUAUUUUUAAAUUAUGUUCACAUUAAAUAUAUUAUAUGUGGAAAUUAGGUUUAAUAAAUAGAUUUGAACUCGG